AGAUGGACCACACAUCCCCGACCUACAUGCUUGCUAACCUAACCCACUUACAUUCUGAACAACUUCUGCAAGGCUUGAAUCUUCUUCGUCAACAUCAUGAACUCUGUGACAUCAUCCUUCGAGUAGGUGAUGUUAAAAUUCAUGCUCACAAAGUGGUACUUGCCAGCAUCAGCCCAUAUUUCAAAGCUAUGUUCACUGGAAACCUAUCUGAAAAAGAGAACAGUGAAGUUGAAUUUCAGUGCAUUGAUGAAACUGCUCUUCAGGCCAUUGUUGAAUAUGCAUAUACAGGGACAGUUUUUAUUUCUCAGGACACAGUUGAAUCGCUUCUUCCAGCAGCAAACUUACUGCAGAUAAAACUUGUCCUGAAAGAAUGUUGUGCGUUUCUUGAAAGUCAGCUUGAUCCUGGUAAUUGUAUUGGAAUUUCUCGUUUUGCAGAGACGUAUGGUUGUCAUGACCUUUAUUUGGCAGCCACUAAGUACAUAUGCCAGAAUUUUGAAGCUGUUUGCCAGACUGAAGAGUUUUUUGAGCUAACACAUGCUGAUUUGGAUGAAAUUGUUUCCAAUGACUGUUUGAAUGUAGCUACUGAAGAGACUGUUUUUUAUGCCCUGGAGUCUUGGAUUAAGUACGAUGUACAAGAACGCCAGAAAUACUUAGCACAACUAUUAAACAGUGUGCGAUUGCCAUUGUUGAGUGUUAAGUUUCUCACUAGACUAUAUGAAGCAAAUCAUCUUAUUCGUGAUGAUCGCACUUGUAAACAUCUUUUAAAUGAAGCCCUAAAGUACCACUUUAUGCCUGAACAUAGACUCUCUCAUCAGACAGUCUUGAUGACGCGACCUCGCUGUGCUCCCAAAGUACUUUGUGCAGUAGGAGGAAAAUCUGGACUUUUUGCCUCUUUGGAUAGUGUGGAGAUGUAUUUUCCUCAAAAUGAUUCUUGGAUUGGUUUGGCACCCCUAAACAUUCCUCGCUAUGAAUUUGGAAUAUGUGUUUUAGACCAAAAAGUUUAUGUUAUAGGUGGCAUUGAAACUAAUGUGCGUCCUGGCGUCACUAUCAGAAAACAUGAAAAUUCAGUAGAAUGCUGGAAUCCUGAUACAAAUACCUGGACUUCUCUAGAGAGGAUGAAUGAGAGCCGAAGCACCCUGGGAGUGGUAGUUCUUGCAGGAGAACUUUAUGCUUUAGGUGGUUAUGAUGGACAAUCGUAUUUACAAUCAGUAGAGAAGUAUACUCCCAAAAUAAGGAAAUGGCAACCUGUGGCACCAAUGACUACAACAAGAAGUUGUUUUGCUGCAGCUGUAUUGGAUGGAAUGAUAUAUGCCAUUGGUGGGUAUGGUCCUGCCCACAUGAACAGUGUGGAACGUUAUGAUCCAAGUAAGGACUCCUGGGAGAUGGUAGCAUCCAUGGCAGAUAAAAGGAUUCACUUUGGCGUGGGUGUCAUGUUAGGCUUUAUUUUUGUGGUGGGUGGACAUAAUGGUGUCUCACAUUUGUCAAGCAUUGAAAGAUAUGACCCUCACCAAAACCAGUGGACUGUGUGUAGACCAAUGAAAGAACCCAGAACAGGAGUUGGUGCUGCAGUAAUUGAUAACUACCUUUAUGUAGUCGGUGGUCACUCAGGAUCCUCCUAUCUCAACACCGUGCAGAAAUAUGACCCUAUCUCAGAUGUGUGGCUGGAUUCAGCUGGAAUGAUAUAUUGUCGCUGUAACUUUGGAUUAACUGCACUUUGACAAGUGUAAACUUGUGGAAUAGUAUGGUGAUGGGACUUACACCACGUGAAAUUUGACCAGUUUUCAGAGACCCAAAAGCUGCAUUGCUUUCUUUAACUUGACAUGGAGACUCAGAAUUCUGCUGGUACUUUGUAUUGACCCAUAGUUAUGGUCACUCUUGAUUACACAGUAAAUAAUCAAAAAAACAAAAGGAAAGACCUUGCCAAUUGAAUCGUUCACUUAUUUUUCCUCUAAGACUGGGUUAUAGUAGUUUGUUUAUAAGUGAACAUGUGGAGAAAUCCCUGCUGCUUUUUUUGUUUGUUUGUUUGUUUUAAGCUUGCUCUCUCCUUUUUCCUUGGUAUGCACCGUGAUUUACUAGGAUGAAAGAUGCUUAGAUGCUUGAGUGUAUUGAAUGACAGAAUGGAGUGCUAAUACCCUAAUGGAUGUAAAUUCAUAUGUUUCACAUUUUUAAAAACAGAUUAAGGGCUGCUUUUUCUUUUGGUAUGGUUUAAGGGUUUUAAGUAGCAUGCCAUCAAAAGUCAUCUGGAUAC